UGUACUGCAGGACUGCUUUUCCUGGUAGCCUAGUUCUGUACGGUUUUGGACAAAAGAAAUUAUUCACGUGUGGUAGCCUUAGGUUCAACGCUUUGAUACACUGAAACGCCCGGAAUCGAAGUACACUUUUUAGUGUCCUACCAGGAGGAGCUCGUUCUAGAGAUAUCAUGUUGAAAUAAUACAGUAUGGAUUUUAAGAAGACGAAGUAUGGAAGAUUUAUGAACAACCGUGUCCCAUCUAGCAAAAGAUAUCAGCCAACUGAGUAUGAACAUGCUGCCAACUGUGCAACCCAUGGCCUCUGGAUCAUUCCCAGCAUCCUGGGCAGUUCAUUGUUGUACUUCCUGUCUGAUGACCAAUGGGAAAGCAUCACAGCAUGGAUGUAUGGCAGUGGACUUUCUGCUUUAUUCGUCAUGUCCACCAUGUUCCAUACUGUAAGCUGGAAGAAGAGUCACCUGCAGAAGGUUGAACAGAGCUUCCACAUGUGCGAUAGAAUGAUGAUUUAUUUCUUCAUAGCUGCUUCUUACUCCCCCUGGCUGAACCUGAGGGAGCUGGGGCCCUGGAUGGCCCACAUGCGUUGGCUGGUGUGGAUCAUGGCUUGUGCGGGCUCUGCUUAUGUGUUCUUCUAUCAUGAAAAGAACAAGAUACUGGACCUGCUGUGCUACACAAUCAUGAGUGCUGUCCCUGCCCUUGUUCUUCUAUCCAUGCCUAACAGAGAGGGCGUGUUGGAGCUAACAAUGGGUGGAAUCUUCUACUGCCUGGGCGUGGUCUUCUUCAAGAGUGAUGGCCUCAUCCCUUUUGCUCAUGCCAUCUGGCAUGUCUUUGUGACUGUAGGGGCUGGUAUACACUACUACGCCAUCUGGAGGUACCUGUAUGCAACAGAGAGCAGCCACAUGAAGCUGUCCAGGUGACAUCACACAUCACUGGCCACUGUGGCAGUGGGCAUGUGUAGUUUUAUUAUGGAUAAUUAAAAAAAUAAAAAAAUAAAUAUAUAUAUUAGACAUAUUAUAUAAAAAUAGUAAUAUGACACUGAUAUCAAAUUUCUAAGAAUUCCAUUCCAUACCAUUCUACGCUUGAUAGACUUAAAUAUAUUUGCCAAGUCAGUUAAGUCACAAAGAAAGGUAUGAAAAGCUAUCAUAACUGUGCUUGAAAUACUUAUUAAUGAAGUCACAUUACCAAUUUAUGCUAAAAAAAUGUCACCUUUCUUUACUCCUACAAUCUGUUGCAUUAUCACUAUUGUUUACAUUGUAUUAAGUUACUUACUAGGUAAAUUUUCUUACAAGUAUGUGUGAAUAGUUGAAUUAUGUAUUGAGAAUGACAUAAAUGUUACUAAAUACUAACCAAUGGUGACACUGUACAUUUCUGUUCUUCCAAAACUUAUGUUUUUUUGUGAAGUCCUCACUGGCCUUUUGAUGUGCCGCUGAAGGAUUUGACUGAGCAUUAAGAUAAAGUACUUAAAUCACACUGCACUGUUAUGGUCAAGUACUAUGAAAAAACCAUUUAGCCUUAAUUUAAGUUUUGACAUAAACAUCUGAGGACCAGAGCUAGUCUUAGUUGCAGGGUUCAAAGGUCACAAGACAAGCACACAAAAUGUAGUGCUCGUGUCGACUGAUGGAAUCACUGGAGCACACUAGAGCCUUUUCUGCUCCCUACCCUCCAAGUAAAUUACCAACAGU